GAAUCUAUAAAUUGAUCUCCACGUAUCGGAUCUGGUUCCAUUUCCCCACACAUUUUGGGUGAACAGUAUCGGUGCGAGAACCCAUUCACCGGAUUGUACCACGUGAUCGAUCUGGUUCGGGGAAGAAAAAUACUCGGUGUGAUAAACUACCGGUGAAAAGUGCAUAUGAGUGGGCUGUUUGAUAAAAAAGUAACACAAUAAUUCUACAAAAUGGUUCUAUUCGCACCAAACACCUUUUAUGACGCGGAGGAGGACCUUAAGGCUCAGCUGCGCAGCGUUAUCAUCACCCAUUCCAAGGAGGGUGCAACGAUCGAUGAAAUAAUAGACGACUACAAGGAGCUGACGGGGACACAUUUGCUGAGCAUCUUUUUCAACCGUACCGUGCUGACCAAGUACCUGUCCAUGCUAGAUAACGUUUGGUGCACGACGGAUUCUUCGUGCGGUUUGUUGCUGUGGUUCUGCAGCACACCAAGGACAAAGCACGUGGUCCAUAUGAUACAGCAGCAGCGAUCACCUCGUGCUAAAGGAGGUAGCUACCGGCAGUACAUGCCACGUGCUAUUGCGCAGAAUAAUCAGGAUCAUCAAACUACCAGACCUACCGGUGGUACGGAAAUGGUUGCUUCCACCGAGGCGUCGAACGUAUUCAAUGGAUUCGUGUAUAACGAAACUAUGCAGAUGCGGGCAAGCACACAGCCUGCUCGAUCUUAUCGUUCCAAGCGGCCACCCCGCAUGGUACGGCACAAUCCGUACCAGCGAAGGACUUCGGAUCGUAACGGUACAACAGGCUGGAGACAAUCCAGAUCAGAUGAGCUGGAUUAUUCAAUGUACGGACCAUCGUACCACCGUCAUCAGCUAGUGGGAGACGACUUUUUUCUAGCCAUAGCUAAAUGGGAACUUGGAUUUUCAUUUGAUCGAGGUCACAUCAUCGAUAUGAGCGGACUCUGCAUCUCAGGACUAACGCUCUCGGAGGCUGCCACACGUGUAGAGGUCGCACCGUUCAUCGCGGACCACGUGCUAGUUAAUGUCGGUACCGUCGAUCUGCUGCAUGGACGUGAAAUGAUCGAUCUAAUACACGAUUUUGAUCAGUUAGUGGCACGGUUCCGCGAGCGUAACGUAGAACCGAUCAUGACAACACUUGCACCGAUUGCUAACUCAGGUGGUCGCACACCGAUGGCCGAUCGAUUGCUUAAGCUGAACGAGUACAUCUGCCGUACUUGUCCGCGUACUAUCGACCUGUGGAAGAACUUUGUGCACGCGAACGGAACCGUACGAUUCGAGUGCUAUCAGCCCGGCCCGCGGAAGGUAUCCGGUAGCAUAAUGCCACACGUUCUGUGGAACAAGCUCGGUCGGCAGCUAAUGCUGGGUGUGCUGGGUAACGAAAUAGCCACACAGCUAACUACCGACGAACAGUGGAGAUACUAUUGAUCAAGCUGCUUCCAUCUUUACUAUCUUUUUUGCUCUGCUACCUGUGUAGCGUUCCUUAGGGUUAAAGCUUUGCUAUUUAAGUAUGCCACUCGCACACACCAUCGGCAGUUAGUUAUUUUUUAAUUUGUUAUUUCAUGUUAUCGUGUCCCGUUUGGUGAUCUGUGUCUUAGCCUUUACGUUUGUUAACUGUCGUUACACACGCGUGUUAACUGUCGUUCGAAUUGUUUGCUUAGUUAAAACUCUUUUAAAGUUAUCAACAAACGGUUUUCCAUUGUUCCCACCGAUUGUAACGAAUCUGCUAAGAUAGUGAAGCGUUCGGUAUGAAGGACACACUGUACACCUUGGCCCCGGGACCAAGCGCAUCGUACAGUGUGUCUUUAUGUUCCUGAUCGGUACGGGCACACGUUAGUACGAAGCAGCAAGAAUUUGUCCUUCCGGAAGACGAAUUGGCUUGGUGCUUCGGAUACAUUACACCACUGGGCCCAGGGCGUGUCCCGUACCAACGAACGCACCCAGCGUGCAAGAGUUCCAGAAUUCAGCUCUCCAGUGAGGCCGGUCCAUUUGUAGAGGGGAGCGUCUUUUUGAACUCUAAAUCUGGUAAACGAGUAGAGGCUUGUAACAUUCCUGACCGGUCGAUACAAGUCGAUCAUCAUUGUUUUUGCUAUCUUUGAAACAUUCGUUACCACCGGUAUGAAACUUUUAAGCAUCACAAAACGGGCAGAGUGUGUACGUUAAUCUAUCCAAGCUGAUCAUGAUUAGUUUCUUAAGCAACCAAUUGUACCAAUUGUUAUGUUUAUAUGUGUUUUAUAGCGUCUUUCGUGUUUGUGCACUUUGUGUGUCAAUAAAAAUUGUACUUCCCAGUGCAA